UGCAGGGUAUAGAGGUGAGUUGUUUCUGGUCAAGUUUUGAAGAAAGGGAAAUUAUUACAAUGAAAGGUUAAAAGAACAAGCUGAAAGCUUGAAACUACCCACCGGAAGUUGCCUUAUGAGCCACGCUUCUUUCUUUCUUUUCUCUCCAAAAACCACUAUUUAAAGGGCUCAGUUCCGAAGAACACACUUUUCUUUUCUUAACAACACCCUCAAAUCUCUCUCAGUUUCAACCCUUUUCAGUCCAUAGCUUUCCCCACCUAUUUUUUUAUCUUAUAUUUUCCUUCCUAUAUUCUUGUGUUUCUCAAGCUUGGAUUCUGGGGGAGUUUGGCUUGUGGGGUUGGCUUAUUUUCUGUUGGUUUGUGAAAUUUUGAGCCUAUUUCUCAAAACCCAUUUCGGUUUUAGAGAAAAAGCCUUCAAAAACAAACGGUUUUAGGGAGAGGAGAGAAGAAAAAAAAAAUGGAAAAUGCUUUAGGGGUUGGCAAUGAAGAUGAGCAUAUGGAAUUGCCUCCGGGAUUUCGGUUUCACCCGACUGAUGAAGAGCUCAUAACCCAUUACCUUUCUCCAAAGGUUCUCAACAACCGUUUCUCAGCUACAGCUAUUGGAGAGGUUGAUUUGAACAAGUGUGAGCCUUGGGAUUUGCCUUGGAGGGCAAAAAUGGGUGAAAAGGAGUGGUACUUCUUCUGCCAGAGAGACAGAAAAUACCCAACCGGUCUAAGGACAAACCGAGCCACGGAAGCCGGAUACUGGAAAGCCACAGGCAAAGACAAGGAAAUCUACAAGGCCAAAUCGCUCGUUGGGAUGAAGAAAACCUUGGUUUUCUACAAAGGAAGAGCCCCUAGAGGAGAAAAAUCCAACUGGGUCAUGCACGAGUACAGACUGGAAGGCAAAUACUCUCUUUACAAUCUUGCCAAAACCACCAAGAACGAGUGGGUGAUUUGCAGAAUCUUUGAGAAAAGCAGUGGAGGGAAGAAAACGCACAUAUCAGGGCUGGUUAGGCUGAGCUCUUAUGGAAACGAUCUUGGUCCUUCUUUGCUGCCUCCAUUGAUGGACUCUCCCUCAUACGACAACAAUAACAACAGAAACGACAUGAGGACCGCGGUCGGUAAAAUGACAUCGUCCUCCCACGUGACCUGCUUCUCCGACCCAAUGGAGGACCAGAAAAGCCAUGAAAAAGACAUGACGGAGACGAGCUUCAACAACAACAAUAACAAUAAUCCUUCCUCUUCUUUCCCAUUUUACUCCAACCAAAUCCCGCAGAGUUUUAUGAAUUUGAGCUACGCAGAUUCUGUUCUGAUGCAAGACCAAUCUGUUUUAAGCCUUUUGCUUGAAACCCAUGCAACGGGAACGAAGAGAAGCGCCAAAACAGAGUUUUCUCACGAGACGGAUGUCUCUUCUUCAAUGGUUUCUCACCAUGACAUGGCUCAGAGGUCGUUUGAGGAUCAAAACGACCCGUCGUCUUCCGCUGGUCCUGUCGACUUGGAUUGCCUUUGGAACUAUUGAAGAAAGUCUUGAGGAUAAAUAAAAAAAUUAAAAAAAAAAAGGGAUGACUUGUAUUCAGGGGUUAAUUGGUUUAUUCUUGUUCAGUGAAGUUACUUUUGUGUAUAGAUCCUGUUGAUCCAGAUUCUAGGCAAGUUUAUAGGGUGGAAAAGAAAAAAAGUGCAUGUAUUAUAUGGAAUUCAACUGCAUUCAGAAAAUCUUUUAGUCUUA